AGUAACAACGGUAUUCUGCCGCUUUAAAUGUCUUCCAGUCUUCUUCGUGUUGGAUCUCCUCUCCUUUGCUGAUUCACAAGAGUGCGUGUGCGUGCGUGGCAUUUCCGGUGUGGAACGCUUCGCUGGUUUCGCCAACUCCGCAAUCAGAGCACCGCAUUUCUUUGGUUUUAGCGAUUCCUUUUUUUUUCAUUGCUUCUGCUUUUUUUAUUUCUCCUGUUUUCGUUGCGAGAUGUCUGCAACGGAGCCGCUCACCCACGUCACGGUGCGAGGCCGCCACUUCUUCAUCCCACGCAGCCUCACCAACGCGUCGUCCCUUCAUGCCACCGGCUACACCGACGGCGACGACGUGCCGAUGGUGGCGAAGCCGGUGCUGACCGGUCAGCGGGAGCCGGACGUGCCCACCGCAGAGGAGCAUCGCGUGCUGCACGAGCUGUUGGCCGCGGUGGUGCUCUCCGCCUCGUGCCGCUGCGGCGGGAUCGAUGGGUCGCUCGGGGGCACCGAGUUCUCCGAGGACUCUGGCGGCGUGACGAACCUCUCCCCUCCCCGCACGCUCUCCGCCACGACCGCUGCAGGGCUGAACGACUCCCUCUCAUCUUCCACCACGUCGUACACAGCGGCAUCCCCCGAGCCGUCGAAGCCGUCAGGUGCCCCUGCGACUCCGUCCAACUGUGCGAAAGCGCAAAGGGUGGCGUUUGCCGUGGCGGUGAUUCUUCUUAGCUGCGCUCUGCUCCGCACGGCGCGCGAUACAUAA